AAAAAAAAAAAAAGCCCUCUUUGAGACACAAUAACACCAAAAGUGUGCUCUGUGUGUUGCGGAUCUUUCCUCGCAGUGUAACUUCUGCUGUGAACUGGCUGUCAGCCCUCGGUGAGUGAGUGGCGCGCUCGCGGGCGGAUGGGAGGCGGAGGAGCGCGUCCAAUGGCGCGGCCGAGGAGGCGGUGUGCGGUGACAGAGAGGCGGGCUGCAGCAGCCAGCUGUUGUGGAAAGCAGCGCUCCUGAACCAUCCGCUGCUACUACUGCACCAGGUGAAUGUCUGCACAUCACAGCACGAGAUCAGGACACGAGACGAGACACGAAACACUGAGUGUGCUUUUUUUUUUCUUCUCCUUGUUUUUGUUUUUUUUCCGCCCCGUCUGCGAUUUUUUUUCUCCCCUGUUUGAUUGGUUUUCUCGAUCAACCGGGGUGGGUGAAACUCGGAGGUGAGACGAGAGAAGGAGAUCCAGAGCAGGUGUUUUUGCAGAAAACAGCAGACAAAAUGGGAAGAAAGAAAAUACAAAUUUCUCGUAUCCUGGACCAGAGGAACAGACAGGUCACCUUCACCAAGCGCAAGUUUGGCCUGAUGAAGAAGGCGUACGAGCUGAGCGUGCUGUGCGACUGUGAGAUCGCCCUCAUCAUCUUCAACAGCACCAACCGCCUGUUCCAGUACGCCAGCACGGACAUGGACAAGGUGCUGCUCAAGUACACGGAGUACAGCGAGCCGCACGAGAGCCGCACCAACACGGACAUCCUGGAGACUCUGCGUAGGAAGGGCCUCGGUCUUGAGGCCUCUGAGCUCGACAGUGAGGAGAGCAUGCAGGUGGGCGCAGACAAAUACCCGCUCAGCGAGGGCAUGGAUCUCUCUGUGGCCCGCCAGCGCUUCUACGCUCCGUCGCUCCUCUCGCAGGAGGCUCAGUUCCUGGUGUCUGCAGGCUGCGAGAACGGCUUCCCCAACUCCUCCGGAUCCAGCAUGGCGUCCCACAGACCCCCGGCCUUCAAAUCCCUGAGCUCCAGACCCGGCUCUGCCAGUCCUGCUGCACCACACGCACACACCGCGUUCAUGUCUCCACACACAGGUAUCGGCUACUCCGUGUUCUCCCAUGGCAGCCUGAAUCGAGCUCUGGACAUGAAAAGCCCUCCUCCUCUGAACCUGGGCCCUGAGAACCUGCGGGGGGACGCUGCUGGUCAGGGAAUGGGGGCCACGCGGGCUAACCACAGCUCUGCUAGGGCUGUCUUGUACCAGGGCCUGCACAGCAGCAGCUCCAUGGUCGCCAUGGGCAAGGCCGGGCUGCUGGGACACAAUUUGGGAGGCUACGGCCUCCCGUCUCCUGGAGCCUCUGAGUACAGCCAACCUGGUUUUUAUCACUCAGUCAGUCUACAGCGAGGAGCAGUGAACCCCUGGCAGCAAGCGCAGCCGCCUCAGGAGCCCCACGGGCCUCAUAUAAGCCCAGGGAUGUCCAGCGGAGGGUGCUCCUUCCCGUCCCCGUCCUGCUCCUCCACCUCUUCGCAUCUGCCCUCCCUCAACCUCAGCAUCAAAUCAGAGCGGAGCUCUCCCGAGCACAUGUCCUCGCCCACCUCCCCUCCCCGACACCACCUCAGGCAGCACUCGCCAAUGAGCAACCCCGACUCGGCUCGCCAUACCCCUCCGGAAGCCCGUCCGGCCAAUGAGAUGAAGGAGUUUCCCAAAGCCGGCUACCCACAGGAUGAAGGAGGGCAGUUAGAGAUAAGUGGUGGGUGGCAGAGAUAGCUGGCUGCUGCAGCCUAACACCAUCUCCUAUUCAAUCAGCUAUCUUCAAUCAAAACCAGUCCUCACACACACACACACACACACACACACACACACACACACACACAGAUAAAACAGAAGAUAGCGAGAUGGGGUCGAUUUGUCCCCUCCGUCCCAGAGAGGAUGGCCUGUCUUUGUCUCCUCACACAGAGCUGGUCUCUCCCGAGCGAUGAAGAAUCUUCUCUGCAUCACUUGAUUGAUCCCAUGAGGAGACAGACGCAUACAGACAUUUUGCUCUUUUUUUUCGUUUUGUUUUGUUUUGUUUGGUUAGGAUUAGUUUUCUGUGUGGCGCUCAUGUGAGACAGACAUACAAUCUGAAAUGUGUUGGUGUUUGUUCUGUUACCAGUUAGCGACAGCAGCACGUCGGGACCAGCAGAAUUCCUCCAAAACGGCCAAAAAUCAGUGAUAUGAUCCCUCCCGCCGCCCCCUCACAAGAACAGUUUUUUUAGGAAUACACUGUGCGAUUUAAAGGAUAAGUUCAUCUUUUGUUUUCAAGUCUGUCAUUUACAACACUUACACUGAAACAGCUCCUGUUCGCUGUAAUUGCUCCUCCUGGCCUUGAAGGCCGUGAAAAGGGAAACGAGGGAGAAAAUCCAGAGCCUCCAGAUCUUUGCUGUUGUUGAAAUUUAGACAAUGCAUUUUUUUAUUUCAUGGCUGAGAGUCGUUGGAGGGAUAGUAAAGUCUUUUCUGGGUAAAGUUUCUCACACCGGAGCAACAUUGUAACUUUGCAAAAUGUCCGCUUCAUUUGCCCGAUUUAAAUGCACAGUGUGGAAUUUCUGGUACCAGGGGUCUCUCCAUCAAAACAAAACAAGACCUAAGCCGUGUGGGAUCAUGGGAGUUGUUGUCCUCAUGACAUUUGCCAAUGAAAAUCUAUCCACGCCUGGUGAUGUUUUUAGGUUUUCAUUCACGUAACGUUCAGGCUCACUCACCGACCUCCUCCCUCGCACGCUGACUCUCUCCUAGAAGUUACAGCGAUGGGGGACCAAAUGAAACGCGCUGUCAGGAGUGAAAUUACAGAUUUGUCUUCGAAAAUUGCAGCAAACUUCUGGGAUAAUAUGAGCGCACAACUCAACAAAAUACACAACAGCGAUCGCUUUUGGACAUUUUAAUUCAGAAAUAUAUCUUUAAAAAUACAUUUUAUCUGUAAGGACUUUUUUUUAUGCAGAAAAGUUACAUGCUAUAUCUCAAAUGAACUUGAACGCUUCUCUAAAAGAAUUCUGUCCCCAGUGUCGGUCUGUACAUUGGACAUUAAGCAGGAGAUCUUUUCAUGGCCGGUACAGAAAGGAGGAACAAUUACAGCAAAGCUGUUUCAGCACACACAGGUUGGUGUGUUGUGUGUAUCGCUGCGAAUCUGGGCAUUAAUUUGUAUCAGGAACUUGAAUGUGGGCUUCUUUGGGGAAAUGGCUUCUUUCUAUGCUUCGUUUUUAGUCUCAUUAAUCCUGCAGAUGAUGCUCAUUUCAGUUAUUUACUUCACUCCAUCGAAACCAAAAGUCACGACAGUCUACUUCAAUGAAAGACCAAAGUGUUCAGUCAUCGUCCUUUUGCAUUGCAGUCAGGGCUGCCGCAAUAUUGGAUAAUGUGCCAAUGAUACGCAAAAUAGGAUAUCGGGUGAAUAAUCCUGUGAAAAUAUUUUGUUCAUCUUUUGUCUAUAAGGUCGUCUGGUUGCCUUCCAUUAAUCAGUGAGUAAUUGACAGUAGUUGUUUUUCUUUCACUCUCACUUCACCACCCUACACUUGCGUUUUGGAGAAUCAUUAAAUUGCAAAAAAAAAGUCAAUGAUAGAUUUGACAGUUCACAUUUUAUAAAAACAAUUGUAUAGAUCCCACAACAAAAUUGUUAUUAUGAAUUUGUUUGACCACAAUAAUGUUGUAGCCAAAAUCUGAUAUGGCGACAGCCCCUGAUUGCAAUCAAAUACGGUAGCAGCCAAAGACGUCACAAGUGAGACAACGUUGGAAAAAAAAAAUGUAUAAUUUAGUUUUGUUCAUUUAGUAACUGCAUAUUGUGGGUAUUACUGAGCUUCACUGCUGUCACUGUCUCAGGGUAUUUUUGAAAUAUAUGAGACAGAGUCUAAAUAUUCAAAGGAUAUUUCAUAAAAAACAACCCUCGCAUUAUGUUUUGCUUUUCUAUUGACAUGUGUUUGUUUUUGAUUAUGCCUGUAAAUGUGUCUCUUUGUGCGCUGGAUUUCUGUGUGUGUUACUUUUCGCAUUAUUCAACUUGACAAAAUAUGAAUUGGUGAAUUUCCCCUCGUUGUCCACAAGGGGUCAUCUUGUAUCUCAAAGUGUGGAUUUUUUGGAGGGUGGGGGGGUAUUUGAGUGAGAGCGUGCAGAGCAGGGAGGACCAGCCCAAAUCCUCUGUGAUUAAUUAUUAUCUGAUGAGUCUCUGUGACAAGAUGCUUCACCCUGACGACGUUGAACAAACACGCCUUGACACAGGUUUGGUCAUGUGGCCGGAGGAGGUGCUGCUGUUGAACUUGCUCCUUUUUUCUUACUUUCUUACGCAGUUACGUGGAUUAAUAUCAGCAUGAGAAACCAAAUGAUCAGUAUUCUGAUGUUUUGGGUCCGAGUUUUUUUUUCUAUGUUUGCUGAACGCUUCACUAAUAGAACAGAGACGUAUCUGUAUCUGACAUUUGUUGUGAUUCCUUUUAAAUAAAACCGGUUUGAUUUUUUUUUUGUUGUUGUUGUUUUUUUGUGCUUUCGCCUGCUGUUUUAGUAUUAAUUUUUUUUUUCCAUGAAGCAUUCAGUUGUCUGUCUUUCAUUUGGGAGGAAAAAAAAGGUGAUUUUUCAUGUAACGGCAACCUGAAGACAGAUAAAAUGCAGUUCGCUGUGCAGCUAUCAGG